UUUGCUCGUCUUCAAUUGACACUUCUCCUACCUCACGUCACUCGUUCAUUUGCCCUUUUGGUCCUACCACCUGGGGAAAGAAGAAGCAGAAGAAGAAAGUAAGAGAAUCAGGGACUUGUUUCUCAUCUUCCUUCGUUUCUACACGCUCUUUUCAGACUCUCUUUCCGAAUACUACUUUCCGUGGAGAAGUGGAGGUGCUGCGUAUGCCCUCAUUACGCUUUAAGCAUUGACUCAACAUAGUUUCUCGUUAUCUUUUGUUAAAACCCAACGCUCUCUCUUUUCUUCAAAGAAGGCACCAUGUACUCUGCAUCACUCGCUCUCGCAGCGGCCACGGCCCUGUUGGGUGUUUCCAACGCUGCCAACACGGAGGAAUGGAAGUCGAGAUCUAUCUACCAGGUCGUCGUCGACCGCUUCGCAAAGACAGAUGGAUCGACUACAGCCGAGUGCGACGAGCUGUACCUUUUCUGUAACGGAACCUGGACCGGUUUGAUCAACCACCUGGACUACAUUCAGGACAUGGGCUUCACCGCUCUCCAGAUCAGCCCAGUUGUGCACAACAUUGAGAACGACACCAUUGUCGGUGAUGCGUACCACGGCUACUGGCAAGAUGACCUGUACGCCCUCAACCAGCACUUCGGCACGGCUGAUGAGCUCCAGAAGCUCUCGGAUGAGCUUCACAGCCGCGGCAUGUACUUCCUAGUCGACGUUGUAGUCAACAACAUGGCCCAGGCCUUCAACAACACGUACCCCCCGCCUCUGGACUACGCCCUCAUCGAGCCCUUCAACAAGGAGGAGUACUACCACCCGUACUGCAACGUGACCGAGUGGACCAACCAGACCAACUACCAGGACUGCUGGCUGUACCCGCUGGGCGUCGCGCUGGCUGAUCUCGACACCGAGUCCGACACUGUCGUGGACACGUUUGGCACCUGGAUCCAGGAGCUUGUCGCCAACUACUCCAUCGAUGGCAUCCGUAUCGACGCGGCCAAGCACGUCGACGACGAUUUCCUGCCGACUUUUGUCUCCAAUGCCGGCGUCUUCGCUCUCGGUGAGGUACUGACUGGCGAGGUCACGGAUUUCUGCCCCUACCAGACCGACGGGCUGCUCCCUGGCAUGCCCAACUACCUCGAGUACUACCAGAUCAUCUCUGCCUUCAACGGCGGCGAGAUGACCCUGAUCGACUCGAUCCGCGACCAGGCGCGUGAUGCCUGCAAUGACACCGCCGCCCUGGGCUCGUUUGCUGAGAACCACGACAUGCCUCGUUUCGCCUACUACAACGACGACAUGGCCCUCGCCAAGAACGCCAUGGCUUAUGUCAUUCUCAACGACGGUAUCCCUCUAGUCUACCAAGGCCAGGAGCAGCACUACAACGGCGGCGAUACCCCCGCUAACCGCGAGGCCGUGUGGCUGUCAGGGUACAACACGUCGGCGGAGCUGUACCAGACUGCCAAGACGCUCAACACUAUGCGCAACUACUUGAUCAACCAGACCGCGUCGGCCGAUUCCACGUACGUCAGCUCGCAGGCGCAGUCGCUUCACGUCGACACCAACCACCUCUGCCAGACCAAGGGCCCCAGCGGGUACCAGAUUGUCUCGUGCAUCAUCAACCUGAGCAGCUCGGGCACCAGCUACACCCUGUCCAUCGGCGGCUUCCAGGCCGGUGACGACGUCGUCGAGCUGCUCAGCUGCACCACCAGCACCGCCGACGACCACGGUAACGUCACCAUGUACAUGGACAAGGGCCAGCCCAAGGCCUACGUCCUGCAGAGCCACCUGAAUGCUACCGGUCUGUGCAACACCACCGAGGACGCGGCUACCGCGGCCAAGGAUAGUGCUGCGGCUGGUGUGCAGGGUAGCCUGUCGAUGCUGGCUGGUGUUGUGAUUGGCGCGAUGCUGAUGGCCCUGUAGAGUUGUGAGAGGGUGGACUUUCGAAAGGGGGGGUAGUAGAGAAAAGGUGAGGAGGUGAAUGGGGUGGAGGUGGGAGGAUGGUAUGUGUUCAUGACCCACGAAUUCAGGGCAUGAGAACAGAGUGUUCGCAAGAUUCUUCUGCUACAAGUACAGUAAUGACAAUCCGUUUGUAUAUAUGUAUGUCUUUAUUGAGGAUUUGAAAUUUUAAAAGAAAAAACCGUUAUAAUCUCC